UUGUAUCAGGGUCAUUCAAUCGAAAUCACCAAGUGCCGAGUGUUUGUCGACUAUGUCGAACUCUAAACUAAAAAUUUUAUUCGCUCCGGCCCAAGGCAUGGGUCAUGUUGGUGCAUGUCAAGGGCUAGCCGACAUACUGCGUCAACGGGGACACGAAUGCAUUGUGAUAUUGGACGUUCAGUUCAAGGGACGGCUCGCCAAACACGGCUACCGAGAAGCGAUUCUACAAGAAAUCGGGCCUGAGAAAUAUUCAUCUACCGAGCCGGAUAUAGUGAAAGCCUUUUUCCGGGACCAUCCACACGACAUUAUCUCAAUGUCAACGAUCGAUACAUUCAAGGCAGUGGGUUCAAUUUUCGCUGCCAUGUUCGAGGAUAGUAAGAAAAUGGAGGUGAAUUUUAAGGCGAUAGUCGACACUGUUCAACCUGACAUCAUUAUAUGCGACAUGCACUUAGCAUCGCCAGUGCUUAUGAACAGUGACAUUCCGUGGUUGCUUUUGUGUUCGAUGGGACCGCUUGAGUUCUAUAAUAGAUGCAAUUCAGAUGAUAGACUACCACCAGCAAUGUCAGGUUUGUCCAUUCGUGGCAACAAGAGUGAAUGGCAAGAAUUUCGUGAACAAAUGGCUGCGUCGUCUGGUAACCUUUCAGCACUUGUCAACGAGUGGUAUCAUGGUCUUUGCGGUAAAAGCUUGCCACCGUCGGAGCUCCAACCACUGUCCCCGCACCUAAACAUUUACAUUACGCCCGAAGAACUAGAUUUCAAGGAAGCUGAACCGUUGGGUGAAAAAUGGAUCGGCGUAAAUGGUUUCGUUCGUACGACCGACGAAACGAUUACACUACCCGAUUGGCUCAUCAAAAGGCCGGGAAAACUCAUACUGUUGUCGUUGGGAUCUCUUGCCAGUGGUCACUUGGAGCUGAUGAAAUUCGUAACGGAAGCGCUAAGCAAAUCCGAACACAAAUUUGUCGUUGCAACCGGUUCCAACCAUGAUAAGUACACACUUCCCGACAACAUGUGGGGUCAAUCGUUUCUACCUCAGGCAGCUCUAUAUCCGAUGGUUGAUUGUGUCAUCGCACACGGCGGUAACAAUUCCUUGUACGAAUCGUUUUACUAUGGAAAACCGUUACUGCUGAUUCCGAUCUUUGCCGACCAAUUUGAUAAUGCACAGCGUCUGGUCGACACGAAAUUGGGAUACCGUUUGUCGCGUGGUUCUAAUGCUGCCAAUUUCGUUAAACUUGUUGAUAAACUGGCCAACGACAAUGAAUUGCGUGUUCGCAUGAAGGAGAUUAGUGAACGAAUUCGCAAUUGUGACGAUAAACGUAUUAUCGCUGAGAAAAUUGAAGAAAUUGCGCGACAAAAUAGACUGUAAAAGGAUUCAGUGCAAAUAAAGGGAACUACUG